ACUACGUUUUCCUGUAAAUUCUUUUUUAGGGUAAAGGCGAGAAACUUUAGCAGCAGAAUCACUAUUUGUUUGGUUCUGUCAUAUUAAGGGUUUUGCCAAUUCUGACUGAUCUAUUUGAAGCUUUUACUUUUAGCCCAAACUUAAUCAAUGGUUUAUAAUGGAUGAGAACGAGACUCAACCCUAUCAACAAUAGUAUUGAUGGUCAAUCACAAGUUCCUGCAAGUGGUUUAGGCGGAGGAGGAGGUGGCAGCGGCGGCGCAGGCAGAGGUAGAGCUGCGGCGGCUAGUAAUUGUGCACAAAAGGUGUCAAUUAAUGAUGCACUGUCUUAUAUAAAGGAAGUUAAGGACACAUUUCAAGAUGAAAGGGAGAAGUAUGACAUGUUCAUUGCUGUUACGAAUGACUAUAAGAAUCAAAGAAUUGAUACUUGUGGUGUGAUAGCAAGAGUGAAAGACUUGUUUAAAGGGCAUCCUGAUUUGAUCCUUCGAUUCAACAAUUUCUUGCCCAACGGCUAUGAAAUAAACCUCACUCAAGCAAAUGAGGCUCCUCCAAAUAGAAGCAUUACGUUUGAAGAAGCUCUCCGCCUUGUGGAGAAAAUAAAGAAACGUUUCCAAAAUAAUAAACAUGAUUACCAAUCCUUCCUAGACAUCUUGAAGAGGUACGAGGAGGAGCACACGAGCAUAAACGAUGUGUACGAUGAGGUUGCCACACUUUUCAUUGACCAUUCAGAUUUGCUUGAUGAGUUCAAGGCGGCUUAAUACUUUGGGGGCCUAAAGUCGAACAUUAUUUAGAGGUCUUACGUCUUUUCUUAUAUUUAAAAAUCAUAUAUAUUUUUAUGUAAAAUUUACUUUUUGUUAAUUUGUUUGAGAU